UGAGGUUAUUAGCUGUGAUCUGAAAGGGUUGUAAAAUAUCAGAUGUGAGCUUGUGAUGGAACCUCUGAUCUAUUUUAAUUAGAAGUAUGAUUUCUUUAUUAUCUUCUUUGUCUUCAUCCCUGACAGGCAGAAAUGUGUUCCAACUCCUGUGGUGCAGGAACUGUGAGCCAUGAUGAAAGAGAGGGCUAUGGAGGCAACUGUGAACCUCUUUGUGGUUUUAAACUUCUUUGUUCCUUUAUCUGAAGGAUUACUAAGGUGUACUGGUAAGAAUCGAAUUGUAAAAAUUGAUAAUACCUUUUUUUGUGGUAGGGAUGGUUUCUUUUUUCGAAGACCAUCACGUACACCAUCGACAACAGUGAUUAAUUCAGCAUGGAAUAGGUAGUUGUAGGAAGUGAUUAACAGCUUGCUACUAAGUGAACGACAUUCUCAUGAACAGGGAUUGAACAACCAAUGAUGUGAUUGAGAGACGAUGGGACCAACAAGGCUAGACACCCUGUUAGUUUAGCUUCUUUGCAUUGGUAUGUAUUCACUCUCUUUCCUUUCUUUUGUACAUAUCCUCCUUUAUUUUUUAUGAAGUUUGGUCAUCUGGCCUUUCUAUUAGGAUGGACCCAAAAUGGGCCUUGUUGCUCUGAUGAUUGAAUGAGCCCUAGAUCCUUAUCUUGUACCAGUAUGAUAUAUGUGUAGAUACCAUAAGUUGUGUGCUGAAAUUCCCCUGAAAGCUAAUGUAAUAAUAUUGCUGACUUUUGGAACCUCAGAAAUGGCUUGGGAAGCCAAUGAUUUUAGAGGCCUAAUUGACAUCCAGUCUCUUCCUUUCUUUUUUCUGUUUCUUUAAUCUCUGAGCCUGAUAUGAGUCUCUUCAUUACAUUUUAUGAUCAAGGUCCCUUAGAAGCAAGAGGAAUAAUGCCUUCCAAUGAUGAGAGAAACCAAUCCAAUAAUGGGGACUGUGGAAGUUAAAGAGUUAUGAUUAGCAGGAAGAAAACUGGAAUGAUUAGAAUGACAGGCUAGAAAACAGCUCAACCCCAUUGACAUAAAUUUUCAACUAACAAAGUUGAGAACUCAUCGACUUCUCUCUAUCUCAACCACCAUAUUAUUAUUAGCCGCGUCUGCCCCCGCAACAUUAGGCUCUGCAUGUGAGGGAUUGCUUGUUCAUUUUGAACACCAUUUCCCUAUCUACCUUGUAUGAUUGAACUAACCGACUAAGAACCAGUGUUUUCAUUUCAUAAUAAGCUUAGCACCUCUCCUGCUAACGUGAUCUGUCCAUCUAAAGUCAAAACUCUGCCAAUUAUUUGCUUGCCUGGAUUCUCAGGAUGCCCCAACUGAACCCUUUUUUAACUUUAUUUUUUCUGAGUUUGUUGAGAUUCAUCAGCCUACCUCUCCGUAUAAAUAUGACUGAUUCAAUUUGAUUUUCCAACAGAAGUUAAGGUGAUCAAGAAAAGCAAGAAAAAAAACAAACACCCACCAAGAAUGGAGCUGAGAGGCAAUCAUGUUGUUGCAGGUGAAGGGAGGAUGGGAUCCCCGAAAAGAGAGCUUCUUCGGUCGAUGAAAGGCGGCAGAAACCACAAGAACAGCAGCAGGAGCAACCACCAGCAGCUGCUGGAAUCUAUUGCCAGAGCCAACAGUGGAGGCCCUGCUGUCGUUUGCCAGGAAGGAGGUGGUGGACCAGGAGUUGUGAGGAUGAAGGUGCUGGUCAAGAAGCAAGACUUGAAGCAGAUGUUGGAGCUUUUGGGAGAUGGGGUGCAGAAGCAGGCUAGCAAAUUGCCAUCGUCCUCUUCGCCACUGCCACGCCUGUCUUCCUCCAAUGUGUCCAAUGUGGAGAAAAGGUUGAGUCUUUUGAGGAGAAAGCAGGCAAUGAGAGGGAAUGGAGGAAAGGGUUGCAAGGCUUCGUCGCCCCGGUCAUGGAUUCCGGCCCUUCAUAGCAUUCCCGAAGAGCUGUGAGCAGCAGUAACUGAGGGGAAAGGUGAUGGAUGUGUUUGAUAGUGUUGACAUCAAACAUGUUCACCUUUUGCAGUACAUUAUAGGACAGAAUUUUAACAGGAAGCAAUAUUUCAACUCUAUUCAUAUUAUAAGCAAUUAAGCAUUGUAAUAAGACUUCUUCCUAUCAUGAGGCCACCAUCUUAUAUCUGAUGGAUGGUGUUUCCAAUGACUGAGGCAGGCUUGUUUUUUUUCUUCUUCCCCAGUCAAUUGUUGUAUUGUUGUUAAAGGUUUUUUUUUUUCAAGGGGAAGAUGUUUAUGGGAGGAAUUCAUGUUCGUUUAGUUUUUGAUGACUGGUUUCGAAAUUGGAAAUCUUUGUGGCUCACCAUAAACUGAAAUUUAGUAGACAGUUUGGAGAUGGCGUCAAGCCCGUCAAUUGGUAUGUAAUUUAGUGUAAUGUAAUAUGACUAAAAAGGUUCACUGUAA